AUGUUCGCGAGCAGCUCUCAAGCAGAUCAUUCCGAAAUUGCUGAGCGAAUGAUCGCUAACGCAUCAUUGGCCGACGUGCUGCGAUGGCGCGCUGUAUCGCGGCGAUUUCGCGCAGCAGCACUGCGUCGCCUUGCCCGAUACACGACGAUCCAUGUUCGCGUCUACGAUGGUCUAUCCACUCUUUAUGAAAAGGCAUCUUCUAUCGCACAUGUUGAUGAUCUGAGUUGGCACCCAGCUGGCUGCCUCCUGCUGAGCGAAAUGGGAACGCACGAGCUUGGCAUCGCACUCGAUUCGCGACCAAAAUGGAAAGAUGUGAAGAUAUUGGUAGCAUUGCUAAAUGUGUUCCGGGAGAACGCUAUACAAAUACAAAUGGACAGUCCAAUAGUGGAGCUUCUUGUGAAGGAGGUGAACACUAAGAAGAUCAACGCAUUACUGGUGUUCUUCAAUCAAAAUCGUAAAUGUGACAAGGACUUCACAUGCGAAGAGACUACCAUUACGCCCAUGAUGAAAAGCCAACUUCCGAUUGGCCCAUUAUUCCCUGCGCUGAAGAAGUUCACUGUUAUUAGCAAUCCGCAACAACUCAGUCAUCUUUCACGUCUUAUACACUAUGCUGUUGCCGUGGAUAUGAUUUACCAGAAGAAGGAAAUUGAUCUCGUCUGCUUGCAGGUAUGUUUUAUAAGGAAUCAAAACUUUAUAAAUUUCAUCGGUCCUGACAUGACAAUGAUUAGUGGAAGUAGACAAUAAAU